AUGAUUUAUUUUUUUACACUUCUUUUAGCACUAGUAAGUUCAGUAUCUGUGGGAGAAACAGCUUGUACAGCCUUUAAUGCAAAUGCAGUUGAUUGCAAUGCUACAGGUUAUUGUAGACAUGAUGGAACUACAUGUAUUGGACUAUCUUGCUAUAUGAUAAAUGAAGUAGCAGCUUGUAGAUCUGGACCUUCAGGGAGUGGAAUUCCUACAGGAGCUCUAUCAUCAAAAUGUGACUCAUUAGAGUAGUUUAGUUUACAAUAUGAUAAUGUUUGUUGAUAAAGGAGAUGGUAAAUUGAAUUAUGCUUUUGUACGUUUUGCUAAAACCACAGAUGGAUCUGCACUUUAAACUACUGGUACAACACCUAUACUCGUUGGAGCAUUAGCUGCUUCAGAACCAAAUAUGUUCUCUUUGUAUACAAUAAACCCAUGGAAAUCUCCUGAGGGAAGUUAAAGUGCAGCUACUUUGAAAACAGAAUUAGAAGCAAUAUUGGAUAGAUAUAUUUUAUUUUAUUCAGUAUUGAUUGAUACUACUAAUUCUCAUCCAUUUUACUUAGAAAGAACUACUUACUAAGCAUUAUAAUUGAUAAGAGUAAUUAUAAAUUUCAUUUAAUGAUAGGAUUAAGUAGAUUUUGAUUAUACAAUGAGAAAAGCAAUACUACCUAAAAUAUGGUAAGUUGCUGAAAUAGCUCUUUUUAGAAUUGCUAAAUUUUCACCUGCUUAUUAUCAAACAAAUUAUUAUUUCCUUAAUUUUGCAUCAUGUCCAUAUUCUAGAAGAGAAUUAAAAAUUAAUGGAUAAUUACACACAGUUAGAAUUGACUGGAUUGGUUAUUCAUAUACAGCAAAUGGAUUUAUGCAAGUCUAUUCUUAUGCUGCAGAAUAGUUUGGUAUAAGAAAUGCACUAACAGACAUUAUUGCUUUGAGACCAACUACUUCUGUAACUACAGCUGAUACCAUUAAUUUAGAUACUGGAUUUACAGGUUUCUACUUAGAAUGGACUUGGAGUGACACAAAUUUGGUUGUUGUUGAAAAAGAUAUCAAAUUAUAUUAAUUUGAUGAAAGUGCUGCCAUAGCAACUGAUGUUGUUAAAUAAGUAACUACAACUAUUACUUGUACUAUUGCAACAAAAACAUGUAAAACAACUGCUAUAACUACUCCAAUUACUUCUGCUACUACUAGAAUCAAUUAUUAUUUCAGUUAUGGUCCUGGUAAAUGUGUUGAUAAAACUGAAAUUUAAUGUAAAUUAUCAAUCGAAUAAGGAGCACCAUGUACUUAUACAUCAUCUAAAACAACUGAUUAUAAAUGCUCCUGA